AUGGAACUAACUCAAGAGUUUAAAACAACCAUUUCAGUGAUAAAUGGUACAGUUUCGGUUUUUAUGGUAGUGUUUGCUAUUGCUCCAAUCUUUUGGGCUUCAAUAUCUGACUUUGGGGGAAGACGUCCUUUAUUACUAUCUGCUGAAGUUGUGUUUGUAGUUGCCAAUAUAGUGUUGGCUGCAGCGCCCAAACAUUUGGCAGUGCUCUACAUCUUUCGAAUAAUUCAAGCAGUAGGUGCUUCCACUAUGACAGUGGGAAUGGGGGUAGUUGCAGAUAUCUGCCAACCCAGUAUUAGAGCUAGAGCUAUUUCUUAUUAUAUGUUAGGACCCCAAUUUGGACCAAUUUUGGGUCCGAUAUUAAGUAUUGUUGGAGCCCUGGGUUCCUGGAGAUGGACCUUUGGGAUGUUAGCCAUAUUUGGAUUUACAGUGUUUCUCAUGAUAACCUUUCUUCUUCCUGAAACAUUAAGAAUACUAGUAGGAAAAGGCGAGUAUUUGAAGAAACUGAAAACUUAUUUUGUUAAUCCAGUAUUUAAACAAAAGAAGAUUAUACCCGUUGACGCUGUGUUUCCACAUCCACCUAAACCGAGUUUAGCAAACUUUGUUAAACUUAUUAGACAAGAAAGAGUAUGGAUGACCACAGUUAGUGGAAGUUUCGUUUUUGCUGCAUACUAUGGAGUUCUGGUUAUAUUUUCUCAAGUACUUCAGGAACUUUAUGGCUUUACUCAAUUACAAGUUUCAUUAUCGUAUAUCUGUCCUGGGGUAUCUUUAAUUUGUGGUUCGAUACUUGGGGGCCAUUUAUCCGAUUUUGCUCGAAAAAAACAACUUCAAAGACAUCCUGAUUAUUAUUGCCCCGAGAAGCGGCUUUCGUUUCAAUUAAUUGGAACCUUUAUUUUAAUCAGUGGUCUCUUAGGUUACGGUUGGUGCGCACAGAAGAGAGUCCAUGUUGUAUCUAUAUUCUGCUUUAUAUUUCUUUGUGGGUUUGGUAUGACUUGGAUUCUCAACAGUAACACAACCUACCUUUCUGAAUGCUCUACUGAACAGCCAGCAACUUAUGUUUCUAUAGGGAACUUUGGUAGAAACCUUGGGGCAGCUAUUUGCUCUGCGAUUAUCCAUAUUCUUGUACGAAAAAUGGGCUACGGUUGGUGUUUCACUGGUCUAGCACUUGUUAGCUUGAUUUCAGCAGUCCUAACGGUUGUAUUGUUAAUUAGAGGUCGUAAAACUCGUAUUUUCGUUUAA